AUGGACAGUGUGCCGGCGUUGCUCUACUGUAUUCUGUCUAUCCAGGCUGCUGCCAUCCAGUUCACCAAGGAGCCCAAGUCCCAGGAUGCCUUGCACGGCCGCAGCGCCAUGCUACGCUGCGAGGUCAGCGAUCCGGCUGACAUCAGUUACGGCUGGCUCCACAACGGCCAGCCCCUGGAAAACAGCGAGAGGCGCUUCCAGGAGGGCAGCAACCUCAAGUUCACCGCUGUGGAUCGGCAGCUGGACGCAGGAAACUUUGAGUGCGUCGCACAAAACACGGCCACCGGAGAGGCGCUCCACUCCUACAAUGCCUCCUUCAAUAUUAAGUGGUUAGAAAGUGGUGGUGUGACUUUGAAGGAGCCCGCCUCAGAAGGGGAGAUCGAGAGCUCUGCGCCGGUCACGUUGCGCUGUCAUAUUGAUGGACACCCACGGCCGACAUGCCAGUGGUUCAAGGACGGGGUGAAGCUGACAGAGAAGAGCCAUCAGAUCAACAACAAGGAGAGGACGCUCACCUUUAACAGUGCCAGUCCGGACGACAAUGGCUUGUACUACUGCUGUGCCAAGAAUGCAGCGGGGCACGUUUGCAGCAACAGCAACUUCACCCUCAACAUUAUAGAUAAGAGUUUCCCGCGGCCGGUGGUCACUCCUGAGGACCAGGUGGUGUUGAGGAACGAGGAGGCCGCGUUCCACUGCCAGUUCACCGCAGAGCCGGCCCCCACGUUGGAGUGGUACCACGAAAACGAGCUGCUGGCAAACAAGUCUCGUCUGAUCCUGUUAUCCAACGGCACGCUGCUGAUCACCCAGGUCAAGCCCAGGAGCACAGGGACCUACAAGUGUGUUGGCCGCGGCCUCCGAGGCUCCCAUGUUACACUGGAGGCCUCCCUCCUCAUAGCUGAGAUAGACGACAUGGUGCCCAAGAUGUCGAAGGUUUUCACAUCAGACACCCUGCAGCGGGUGGCCUGUCGUCCCCCACGCGGCAGACCUGAGCCCGAGGUCUGGUGGGAGAAAGGAGGUCAGCGGGUGUCCACGGAGGGCAGAGUGUAUCAGGAUGGCCUGGAUCUGGUCUUCAGUCCCACAGAGGAAGGAGACUCGGGCACCUACACCUGCGUGGCCCAGAACAGGGCUGGACGCAAGACGCAGGAGGUCACCUUCACCGUUGCCACUGCCCCAGUGUGGGUGACGAGGCCUCAGGACAGCCACCUAGAGGAGGGGAAACCAGGUUACCUUCACUGUCACGCUCAGGCCAACCCUGAACCUGAGGUCACCUGGCUCCGCAACAACAUCAUGAUCACGACCGAGGACUCUCGUUUUAAGGUAUUCCCUAACGGCACCCUCAGGAUCAACAAUGUGGAGGUGUACGACAGCCAGAUGUACGGCUGUGAAACCAAGACUGUAGGCGGCCGACUGUCUGGGCAAGCUCGAGUUAUUGUGCUUGAGAAGCUGAAGUUCACCCCGACCCCCCAGCCUUCUCAGUGCCUAGAGCUGGAUAACGAGAUCACCAUCCAGUGCUCAGCUAAAGGCCGAGAGAGCCCAACCAUCCGCUGGACCAAAGCAGACGGAGGAGAGCUGCCACCUCGGGUGGAGCAGAAGAACGGCCAGCUCCACUUCAGCAAAGUCACCCGCAGCGACGCAAACAACUACACCUGCAUCGCCUCCAACAGCCUCCAGGGGGAGAUCAGAGCCCUGGUGGCCCUCAUAGUGGCCGUGUACAUUCGCUUUAAGGUGGAACCAGAAAAUACAACGGUGUACCAAGGUCACACAGCCAUCCUGCACUGUCAGGCCACCGGCGACCCCGAGCCUCACAUCCACUGGAUGGUCAAAGACAAGACGCUGGACAUCAGUAAGAACAGGAGGUUCCAGAAGAUGCCCAAUGGCUCCUUGGUGAUUACAGAUGUUACUACAGAUGACACGGGCAGAUACACAUGUGUGGCCGGAAACAGUUGCAGCAUCAAAGACCGUGUGGCUCAGCUGUAUGUAGUGGACAAACCGAAUCAUUCCUUUGAAGAAGAUGAGGACAAGGCUCCCUACAAGAUGAUCCAAACCAUCGGCCUGUCAGUGGGGGCAGCCGUGGCUUAUAUCAUCGUAGUGCUGGGACUCAUGUUCUACUGCAAGAAGAGACGCCACGACAAAAGACUGCAGAAAGGCCAGGACGGAGAAGAGCCGGAGAUGGAGUGUCUCAACGGAGGCGCUGUUCAACAAAAUGGCCACACCACCGCCGAGAUCCAGGAAGAGGUGGCACUCACCAACAUGGGUACCAUGGCAACAACCGAGAAACGCCACAGCCAUGUCAACAACGAUAAGCUCCACUUUCCUCGAGCAAACCUACAAACCAUCACUACUUUGGGCAAAGGGGAGUUUGGUGAGGUGCUGCUCUGCAAAGCUAAGGGUAUCGAGGAGAGCGAGGAGGAGAUGGUGGUGUUGGUGAAGAGCCUGCAGACCAGAGAUGAACAGCUCCAGCUCGACUUCCGCCGUGAGGCUGAAAUGUUCGCCAAGCUCAGCCACCCCAACGUUGUCCGCCUGCUGGGCCUGUGUAGGGAGGCCGAGCCCCACUACAUGAUCCUGGAGUACUAUGACCUGGGAGACCUAAAGCAGUUCCUGAGAAUUUCCAAAAGCAAAGAUGACAAGGUCAAAUCUCAGCCUAUCAGCACCAAGACCAAAGUUUCCAUCUGUGCCCAGGUGGCUCAUGGGAUGGAGCACCUGUCCAAUCACCGCUUUGUUCACAAAGACCUGGCCGCCCGAAACUGCCUGAUCAACAGUGAGAGGCGCAUUAAAGUGUCGUCGCUCAGCCUCAGCAAGGACGUCUACAACAGUGAGUACUACCACUACAGACAGGCAUGGAUCCCGCUGCGCUGGCUCCCAGCAGAGUCUGUGUUCGAAGACGACCAGUCCACCAAGUCUGACGUGUGGGCCUUUGGAGUGUUGAUGUGGGAAGUGUUCAGUCACGGGGAAAUGCCAUAUACCAAACUCAGCGAUGACGAGGUGCUGGAAGGUCUGCAGACAGGGAAGCUGAAGCUGCCCGUUCCAGACGGAUGCCCCACCAAAAUCUACAAGCUCAUGGUCCGCUGCUGGGCGCUGAGCCUCAAAGAGCGCCCCUCCUUCACUGAAAUCGUCCACACCCUGGGAGAGCUGCCCUCUGACAGUAAAGUCUGAGACGACCAUAACCCCACAUCAGAGGGGAACUUUGACCAACCCCCUCCCCCCCCAAAAAAUAAAGACAGGAAUGCUGGAUUAUUAGUCUCACACAUUUCAGGGAAGAGGGUUGAGGAGAAAACACUUUUUUUUUUUUAAAUAUGCAUUUCAAACCGUGGGAUGUGUGGAUAAGACUCCUUUGCUAUAUCAGUGGAAACGCAAUCAACGUUUGUAUAAAUUGCUUCCUGUGAGCAGUGCCAGGAGUUUACGUUUGCCUUAACCGCAGCAUGGAUGACCCUCCCCUCGAGUUCCCUGUCUGUGGUUCCACUGUGACUCUGCCUGCCUGUCUGCGGCCGCUCUGUCCCAGAGACACUUUGUUUUCACGGAGUCUCACAACCUCAGUGCCUCUACCCCUCCACACAAACGCGCACACAAACACACACACACACGCGCUCACACUAACCUCCGACUGCUUUGUAGUAUGUUACAGUGGUCUCACUGGCUCAGAUCAAUAGAAAGUAUUGGUCGGAAGCUUAGGAAAACCCCCUGAAAUUUAGAUCCGCUGCUCUGUCAAGUCUGAAAGAAUAUUGAAGGGAAAGUGGGACACAAUGUGACUUCAGUGGAGCAUUGAAGCUUCAGCCACUUCGGAGUGUGUUGAGUGACACCGUUUCAGCUGGCCUGCUUGGAUUUAAAAUCCAAUCAGCUGCAUCAUGAGUCCGCCACCUGAAUCCUGUUGGAGACGACUAGCUACACACCAACAUCCUCGUGUGUGUGUGUGUGUGUGUGUGUGUGUGUGUGUGUGUGUGUGUGUGUGUGUGUGUGUGUGUGUGUGUGUGUGUGUGUGUGUGUGUGUGUGUGUGUGUGUGUGUGUGUGUGUGUGUGUGUGUGUGUGUGUGUGUGUGUGUGUGUGUGUGUGUGUGUGUGUGUGUGUGUGCCUCUGAACUGUUCCCAUGCUGCGGUGUACAUUCAAAGAAGAAGUGGAAUAGGGUUUGCAUGAAGGUUCGUCGUCCGUUAUGCUCGUGAUUUGCGUUUUGAGAAAACGUGUGGAAUAAGCGAUCGGUGUUAUGGUAACACUUCAGGAACAUGGAAAAAAAAGAUCAUAGCCAAUGAAAUAUAUUGAAUAGAUGAGAUUGCGCCAGUGUGGGCUUUGUACGUUUUUAUGAGUGUGUUCUGUUCUUGUAUUAACUUUGAGGUGCUUUUUAUUGGUCACGACCAAUGGGUAAGAACCCCCAUUAUUAUCACAUCAACAUUAUCGUGUUGCAGGCAUGUUGCAGCCAUUCACUGUGUUUAACCUGCAACAUCAUUGCUCCAGAGGUCCAAUCACAGUCUCCCCUUCCGGGUCCAGUUCUUUUGUGCAAUGCUCCAAAGUGGACCGUCACACCAGGCAAUGUGUAAAUAAUGUAGAAGCCAUGCACUAACUUCACUUAAAAAAGAAUAUCCCUCUUUAUCUCUCUAUCAUGUUGUGUAGUAGGACAUGCAGGUGCCUGUUUAUUUAUGAUGAAGGUCCUGUCUUUUUUUUUUUUUUUAAACUAUGUUUAGAACAGAAAGGUACUUCUCUGAUGCUAUGUUUUCAUUUUCACGGUGUGAGAAUCUCAACAUCUCAAUGUGCGUUCAGUCUGGUAACCAUCUGAAUAUGUUAACACAAAGUACAAAAGAGGUCAAAAAAGAGUGACUGCUGGUCACCAGUACUCAUUUAAGUGCCUGGUAAAUGAAGGAUUAUCUUAUCUGUUUUCCCUCUCGCUCUCUUUUUUUUUUUUUUUUUUUUUACAUUAUCUAAUCAAAUGCAAUGGCCUUUGUUUAUGAACUUGUUUUUAUACGUUGUUUUUAGUGUAAUGUUGUUUUUAUGAAUGCUAGGCACUCACACCUAGACCUCCUUUUUUAAUCUGCUUCAGCAAGUGUUCACAGUAAUCACAGAUAUAUACAAAAGUAUACAUGCUGCUGUCAAUAAAAGGUUCAGUGUUUUUACCCAA